AUGUUACGUCCGGUCAUAAUUGACCCUGUUAACCUUUCCUAUCCGCUUGGGAAUACCCCUGCAGUAUGCCUGACUCAGGAUCUCCCGCCCGGAACUUCAGCGGACGUGCUCUUGCUGGGUUGCGGAGACGCUCGAAACGUUCUCUUCACCAUAUACAGCGAACUUAAAUCUGCGAAGAAGUUUACUUUCGCUUGCUGUGACAUCCAAGCGACUACCAUUGCUCGAAAUAUCUUAUUGUAUACGCUUAUUCUGGAAUACGCCGAAGAAACGAAUAUUGAAACCAUUUGGAAGAUCUACUAUGACCUCUUCCUCGAAGACGAAUCGAGUCGCCUUCUUGAGACGCACGUUCAAAUACUCUUGUCUCUCUCUGAGUCACUCGGCAGUUGGAAGAACGGCAAAUAUGGCAAUUUCAUUCACUUUUACGAUGAAACUACAUUCAAACAAAUAAAAGCUAUUUGGGGUUCUUAUGCAGUUGGCAGGUUGGACGCGGAUCAGAAAAGGUCAUAUGAAAGAGCCUACCGGGCUGGGAUUCGACGAGCGCAAGACAAAAGGAAACAAGUCAUUGGGGAUUCAGAUCCAAUGCCCCUUCUUCGAUCGGUCUUUCCGAUUUUCACACCGGAUGCUGCUAGGGCAAUUGCUCCUCUGUACGAACAGUACUGGAGAAAUGGUACCACAGCAGGAUAUACUUCGGAUGAUCUCGUUCCAAAUCCUACAUUCGCCCCUGCGGUUCUUGAGCCUCUCACCCUUCAUUACGGGACGCACCCGCUUGCAGGAUUCCAUCUGGCGACGGCAUCUGCGCCCCUGGCACCGGGUUCGCCCCUACGCUCUAGUGAACCCCAUAACUCGACCAUGUCAAAGGCCACCUUAGCAGCCCAAGAGGAGUUCAGAGAGUGGGCCAAUUCAUUUCGGCUCAGCGUCCGUCAGAAUAUGGCAAAUCUUUAUUUUGUGGCAUCUGAUGCAAUUUCAUUCUGUCACACACUUCAGAAUAUGACCAAAAAUGGCGGAAACAACAUAUCAGCCAACUGGUAUCGAGAUUCGUGGCAUGUGGAUCCAUUGAUCUUGAAUGGCGGGAAUGGUCGCCAAGAAAGAGGCCCCAUAGUAUUUGAUGUAAUUGAUACCUCCAAUCUCUCUGAUCACAUUGGGCCUCUCAAUGUCUUGCUAUCGGCGGCCCCCUUGCUCAAGCGUCGUUCGACAUCAACGUUGUAUACCGAACUCUUGGUCAGAAAGGACGCAGAUUUUCAGAAGUUGAUCGAGAACCUCCUUUGUGGCGACUGUGCGGCCAUGUCUGUCUUACUAGGUCUUUUCCCGGUGGAGUAUUGGACCAACGCAUCGUUGGCCUCAACCUUUCCUGACACCGUACUCCAGAUGCUUUCAAACCCCAACAAUUCUGGAAACAGCCAAGGACAGAUGCGUAAUCGCAUUGCAUGGAAGAGAUCUGUGUUUUCGACGGCAUUACUGUCAACAUUACACGCUUACAAGGUUGGAUUUGAUGAAUCUUUGCUAGCUGACGUUAUUUUCAACGUCGCAUCUGAGAUGUUUAAGCACGAGGAUAUUCAUGAGAGCCUUACUUUGACUUCCGAGGGUCUUCGAAAUAUUACGUUCCCAUGCUAUACCCGAGCAAGCGUUGCUGCCUUGUUAGGUAUCGUGAAGAGUCGGGCAUCGGUUGACUGGACAACAUUUAUGUCUCGCUUUAUUGAGCGCCUGAAUAGCAAAAACUCGCGACUUGGGAAUCAUUGCUUGAAUGAAGUGCUGGUAUCCUUGUAUCUUUGCGGGAUACCCACUGCCGAAAUACUUAAGCCACCUUUCGACAAUAUGGAGCGGUCGCACUCUUCUCGGGGAAUUUCCAAUUGGAAAGAUGUACCGCCUGUCGUUGCAAUGACUGUUCGGAUUCCACGAGCGAAGGUAAAUGCUCUAAGGGAUGCUGCAGAGAAAACACUCAUUGCACCUGCGCUCAUAGUCAGCGUUCAAUCCAGCGGCAGAUCUUCGACUGAAUUCCAGCAGGAUCUUUUUCAAAGCAUCCAAUUAUCAUUUGGAGAACCUGCACUAAGUGGCACAAGGGAGGAGGACAAUUUUUCAUUGAGGUUCUCCGAAGAUCCAAACGGUAUUUCAGGAAAUUCCGACAUGUUUGUAUCAUUCUAUAUCGCAACUUCACAAAUAUUGCACGGUCCUGAAACCAAAACAGUUGCACUUAGGGUCAUGAACACAAUGAUUUAUGCUUUCAAGUACGCUCAGUUCUUUGGUCCGGAUUUGAAAGUUUUUGAGACGGAUCUUGAAAGUCAGGACAAUAUUUACAUCUCGAAAUUCCUCCCUAACCAAUCCGGAUAUCCGUCGGUGUCCGCUUCUGCGGACAGCUUGACUCAAUCUUUCUCCGCUAAUUACGACCGAAUGAGUUUGACAGCAGAUUUGCAACGAGGCCAUAUAAAGACUCUAACUGGUCGUGUCACCAUUGUCAUGCCAAUUAUCAAAUCACUAUUGACCAACCGUGGGUUGGUCGCUUCUACACAGCAAAGUGCCUGCGCAAUCAGAAUUACAAUUGGUCAGGGGAUUGAUAUCGGAACUUACACUCUGCAAUUCCCGACCCCGGUACGACUUUCUCUGGGCAAAACAAGAGUAGCAAGAAAGUCUGGAUAUGUCGAGGUUGAAGUGCCUCUUGUCCACCCUACGGAAAUUGACAGAUUCCCCGACUUUAUGUUUCCUACUGAUGUCGAAGCUGGUCAACCGAUUAUCUGGAAUGCUCCAUGGCUAAAUCUCGACCGCUCUCCCAUUUUGGAUGGUUCAUUUAUCAAGGAGCUGAGUUGGAUUAAUACAAUCACUUCGCAAAUGUUUUCGUCUAGUGAACGUUCGCUGAGAGAAAAGUCCAUGACCGAGGAGGACACCACCCGGAACGACGUCAGAGUGGACUUCAAGGACUCCAUCUUCUCGAUGUUUAUGCAUUUCACUGGUCUACAGGGUCAUCCUGCUCGGAUAUUCGGAAUCAAUCUUCCAUUGCAUGGAUCGGGGAUAAAUAUGCUCAUCUUUGUUUCAGGGAUUCGCAUUGACCUUUCCAACCAGAAUGUUAUUCUCGACUCUGCGCUUCUUCCCUUGACCAUAGAUCUCGUACGCAAGAUCGCUCCGACUCUGGGGUCUCUCCAGGACAAGGGGCUUUGCUCGAUUACGGUGGACGAGCGGGAACUGCAGCUGUGGAAGACGAUUCUUCCGGUCUUUAUUGAAAGGUGUAGGACACACAGGCAUCGUCCUUCUUGUGAGUACGGCGUCAGCGAGCAAAUUCCAAUUUCUGUCGAGCCGUCGAAGCCGUUUGUCUGCGGUUGUGGCCGUGGAGAGUUCCCGGCAAACUUUAUUGACGGGCUUCCUGAGUGGCACGUCCUAUCGCGGUACUGCGUUCGGGCUGCAAUAUCUCCAGUAUUCUCUGUGCCGUAUGUUGACAAGCCCUUUGAUGUGAGUGCGUAUGCACCAUCGGUGAUGUCACCAGAGCGAUGCAACAAGUGUGGUCAGACUAAUUCGAUGCGGGGCGGAAGUUUACUCCGAUGCAGUCGAUGCAGGCUCGUCAGAUACUGUUCGGAUGAAUGUCAAAAGGCCGACUGGAAGAAGCAUAAGAGCGUGUGUAAUGCCUGUUGAGUUGAGAGGAGAGUUUAACUCGUUUCCAUCAUAUGGGUUCCAAAUUUAAAGUGAGAUAUGACGUGUUCUGGCGUAUAUAUGGUGGGCACAUUGGCGAUUUAGUAGAGAUGAGCACGGAUAUUAUUAGAAUGUCGAAGGCAUCAUUUGCUAAAAAAAAAACUUACAUAUGUCUCCCUUGCUGAAGGGAUA